UAUAAAAAGAUCCAACAAGUUGGCGCAAAAAGAUUGCACGAAGAAAGAGUUUGUGAAUCAGAACGAACUAGAGAAAUCAAAAAUUGGAUUUAGUUCGUUCGUUCGUUCAGUUUAUUAGUUCGAUCGAACUUAUUCCGAACCAUUCGACACAACUGUAAUAUGAGAAACUAUCUGUGUUGCUUAAACAUUCGCAGGCAACGAAAUUACGUUUAGUUUUAAACAAUUACAAUAAACUAUUAGCAUGUAACGAAUAAAAUGCAAAGAUGCUGAAAUAUAUUAGGAGGCAAACAAGCCGUCGGCGCAGCUCGCAAGAUGAAGCCGUUGGCAACAACAACAAUGUGGAUUUGGGUGCUGAUACAUGCGAUGCGACCGCAGCUCAGAAACGUCACUCGCUGCGCUCCACAACAAGUUUCUGUGAUGAAGUUUUCUUAGAGCAACUGAACACGUCGGAGGAGGCAGCGGCAGCGGUGACGGCGACGGCAGCAGCAACCGCCACCGCCAUGUCUAGCGAUGCAGUCAGCCAGUGUGGCAGCUUAGGCAAUGGUUUGCCCAAUGUGGGCGCGGAUGAAGAUAUUUUCAAGUACAAUUCAAGGCUUUCCAUGACGCUGGCCGCAAUUGUUAGUGAUCCCAAUUGCCUCAGCUAUUUUGUGCACUUUCUGGAAGCACGGAAUGGUCUACCGCUUAUCAAAUUCUAUCUGGACAUUGAGAAUUUCAAGCGAGCCGCACUCACACAACUGGAACGCGAACAGCUGCAGAAGCAGUCGGUGCCGGAGGAACAGGAGGGUGAGAGGCCGGACGCAUGCAGUGCGGAUGAAGCCAUCAACUCUGCAUCAGAAGAUCUGGAAGAGGAGAAUGAUGAUGGAGAGGAUAACGAUGUACCUGAGUUGAAAACACUAUGCGAUCUGUCCAUGCGCAAGCCACUGACAGACGAUGAGAAAAGCCGCAUCUAUGCGGAGACCAAUAAACAGAUCAGCAAAAGCAAUCGCCUCAAGGCCAGCUCGGAGCUGUCGCUGUGCAGCAGUACAUUGGGUGAGGCCAUCAGUGCUGCUAGCAUUAAGGAUGCUAUAGCCAUAUAUCAAAAGUAUUUGAUUGUAAAUGCUCGACUGUUUGUGGAGCUGCCGAUUGGCAUUUUGGCGCACAUUUCAUUGCUGCUUUGCGGCAAGAGUUGCACUGGAGAUGAGCUCGAGAAGCCCAUUCCAGCGAGCUGUUUCGAUGAGGCGCGCGACUAUGUGCUACAGCAGCUGGAACGUGAUCAUGUGCAUGGAUUUCUGCAGAGCAGUUAUUACUGCAAAUACUGUGUAGAGCUCAUCGAUGGCGCCCAGAUCAAUAUAUUCGAUGUUCUCUACAGCGAAGUGGCGCUCUUCUACUUUACCGAGUACCUGGAACAGCAGCAUGAACGUGAAUGCCUGGAAUUUUGGAUAACGGCCAUAAACUUUCGCAAAAGUUUCGCUUCGUCGACGCCCGUUAGUCUGGACCAGGCCCAGGCAGAUGCUAUGGUCAUUUACGAGCGCUAUUUCUCGCUUCAGUCAGAUUGCCGACUGUGGAUGUCGGACAAAAUGCGUUUGCGUGUGGAAGAAACUAUUUGUGCCCCCGGCCAAUUAGCCUAUGCAUUCGAUUUAGCACUGCUGGUGACGGCCACCUAUUUGGAGCAAAAGUAUUUCGCCGAUUUUCUCAAAUCCAGCACCUUUGCAAACUAUGUGAAUGAGCUAAAGGCCAAGCAGGGCGGCAACGAGCGGCCAUCUUUGACGGCAACAGUGCAGCACAAGUUAAGCCUGCGUCGGGCACCCAAAUUAUCGGCCCAACAGCGCCAUCGGAAAACACUUUCCAUGUCGGAUUGCACGCAUAUCUCACAGCACAACACGCUGCUGGCUGCUAUGGACACAACCAAGCCGGCCACCAACAUGAACAUCGAUUCUAGGCAAUUGAAUAAUCCACAAUUGUUGUGGCAGCGGCCCAUAAGUGGCGCCCUAAAAUUUGGACAUGUAAAUGCGCUGGGACGCUACGAACGAGACUUUGAGGCGGUCGAGUCGCAACAGAGUUGGUCAUUGAGUGGCAGUAAGCUGAAGAAUGCAAUGAGGAAACUCGUUAAUUUACCCGAGGAUCAUGUGCAGGAGGAAAUUGCUUGGCAGGUGGCCGAAAUGAUUGUUAGGGAUGUGACCAACGUGACAUUAAAUGGCCGGAACCCCACAUCAUGAAGUUACUUUAUUUAUCACGCGCUAUCUCUUUUUUGAAAUAUUUAUACAUGUCUCUUUAUUUGGCGCUCAAAUUUAAUUUUAUUGAAAUGAAUCUCCGCGCAAUUAGUUGGUGCUUAUGUUGGCAAAAAAUGCACAAACUUUUAGCUCUCAAAUGCUCCCAGAAGCUCGAAUACAACACGAAUCUUAAUAUCUCUUACCCCCCACCCCAUGAAAGGAAACACCCUAUAUACUCGUAUACUCCAAAAACUGUACAAACACUUAUUUUUAGUUCUUAAAACAGCGCUCUCUAUCUAAAGCCCAUUAACCUAAGUUUAACAAUCCUAAAAUUAUAAAGUGGUAGGCUUUAUAGUCCUAUAACAACUAUCUACUCAAAUUACUCGCUCAUUCGUUAUGUAAAGCGCACUAGAAAUUUAACAAAAGUUUCCUUGAUUUUGUACCUAAAACUACAGGUCUCUUCUCAUUCCGCUUUCUUGUUUACAUAGUACUCUAUAUACUUAUAAAUAAAUAUUUAUGAAUAUUUUUGCAUAAUGAAA